AUGGAGGAGCAGACUUUCGUGUCGAGAGCGCGGAUCGCCUUUCAUUCUGCGGCGGCUAAAGCGGAGCGCGUGCUCAUGGAUUUCAAAUCCGAUCGAGAAGAUCACAAUAAGCCAUUGUCGCCGGAAGCUGAUUCUCCCAAAAACAACGGAAACGAGUCCAAGAUUCGCAGUGAAUUGAAGCAUAUAAAGUGGAGGCCUCCACAUAUAGGAAUAAAGCAGGAUUGGCAAGAUAGAAUAAAGAGCAUACGGAGAGGGAGAAAAGAAGUUGAAGAUACAGAUAAAGCUGGGGAUGCAAACAUGGCAAUUCCAUUUUAUGAUGAUAAUUUGUACACCCUGAAUGUGAAGAAUGAUCUUGAUGCCAAGGCUUCAGAAUUAUAUCCUUCAGUUGAAAGCCUAACUGCUGCAACUAAAGAUCCCAUUCCUCCGUCAUCUGUACUCAAGCAAUUGGCUGUAGCUGUUGAGUUCUAUUCAAUGUCGUUGCAUUCUGUCUAUCUGGCUGCAAAAUUCUCCUUCUCUAUCUGGCUCAUAUUUGUUGAAUUCAUGGCUGGAAGUAAAGUGAAGUCAAUUAAAGAUUUUAUAGCCUCAUCAGGAGGUUCUUCACCUGCUAAAGAGAGGGCAGGCUUGAGUCUCUCUUCUGUGAAGGCUUUAGUGCUACGUGACAAGGACAAACUUACUUCUGAGUUUACUAGCAAUGAGAAAGUUGUUCAGUUAAUCAAUUCUCUGUUUGAUCCAGAGGGAGAUUUUCUUAGAAGAAAGAUAAACUCUAAUAUAGAGGAAACUGCCAUGACAUCUUUGCCAAGAGAUAUUCAUGGUGCUCCUGCUGAAAGCCUUGUUGUUAAGCUAGCUGAAAUCCUUGGAAACUACAAAACUGUCCGUAAAAUGGCUCUUUUCUGGUGCAGGGUUGUUGCUGAACUAAGAAAACUUUGGUCUGAGGAGCAACACAUACCGGGAGUCCCACAGAAUGAGAUUCCUGAUUUGAAGUCAUGUCUUCUCUAUCAACAUUUUCAAGUAAUCAAUUGCUGCAUCUCUCGGAAAAGGUUCCGUUUUAUUGCCACUGAAUCUCUAGACUCUAUGAUGAUGCAAGCUAGUUCAGACACAAAAGAAUCAUCUGAUUAUAAUGCUGGAGCUCCUGCAAGCCCUGUUCUAUAUGCUAGAUUAAAUACUGGGGAGCUUGUUCUACGACUUGGUGCAGAUCGUCUUGCUGGAGAUAUAACAUUGUUGGAAACUGGCGAGCCUGUCUAUUCUCCAGUCACCCAGGAAGGGCCUUUGCUUACAGAAGAUCUAAUCAGGGAAACAGAGGAGUUUGUGCUGCGGACAGGGAGUGUUGGUGCUGGGUGUUCUCAAUUGCUCUCGGAUAUGCAAGCUUUCAAGGCCGCAAAUCCUGGAUGUAUUUUGGAGGAUUUUGUAAGAUGGCACUCUCCUCCUGAUUGGACAGACAAUGAGGCAAGUGCCGAGGAUAGCGAUGUUUUUGAUAGUAGUGAGUUAUUGUCUGCCAAAGGUCAGCUCAGUCGGCGUAUGCAAAAAGAAGGUAAUUUGUGGCGUGAAUUGUGGGAAACAUCAAAACCAGUACCUGCUGUCAAGCAGGCACCUCUGUUUGAUGAGGAUUUGGCAGUGGAGGGCAUCCUAAAUGCAUUUGAGGACAUCCAUCCUCCUGAUCUUUUUGGACAGCUGUUUGUUUCUUUACUUGGUUUAGGGUUGGCAAUUGCUGAACCUAUGCUGUCUAGUAACAGUGACUUCUCGAAGUUAUUCUAUGACUGCAAGGAGUACGUAGUUGCCGCUUGUCAAAGCAACAAAAUGAAUGAGAAAGUUGAUGAUCUUGUCCAGGCAUACGAAACAGUGGAGAGAAUGUUAUUGAAUCCUGAAGAAGCAUUAAAGAUGAUUAAGCAGACUGAGGAAUCAACCAUGGUUACUGAUGAAGCAAAGAGCCCGUUGAAGAGACUUGGCCUUAUCUUUGGCGGCAAAGAUAAACUAGUGAGGAGGUCUUUGUCAAAAGAUCAAAUAAAUGAUGAAGAUAAGUCUGGUCGACAAUCACUCUCAAGUUUCUUUGACAGCAAGUCAUCUUUGUUUUCAAAGAAACCUCCAAAGUCUGGAUCCCCUCCUCCUUCUGAGAAAUCUUCUCUAGAUACUGGUUGGACAGUUGUAUAG